AUUUAAUCUCAGUCUCUAAGUCUAUAUACCUUCUUCUAUACUUUUACAUUACAAUUUAACGACAAUGGACCUUUCCAACCUCAAUGCCAGUCUGGAUCCAGAUGUUGCGGAUGCAGAGAGGGAUAUUGGGGACAAAUUUAGAGCUGCCGCCGCAUCUAUCACAAGCUUGUAUAGGAGUUCUUUAGCUGUUACAAAGCAAGGAUACAAUGCAGGAUAUUCGACAGCUUUGAAGGAUAUGCUUUCUAUGGUGCAAUCUUCUAUAGGCGAAGGACAGGACUCGGCACAGACUUUAAGUCGAUUAAUGGACUGGGCAGAUGCUCGUCAAGCUGCUAUAUCGGUAUUCGCUGCCGACGAAGCUGAAGACACACCACCUCCUCGUCCUAGGUCGAAUCCCAUUAGUCGGCAAUCCCAUCUCGCCCCUAACCGUCCAUCAUCUGCUCCUGCUUUCGAUCAUUCCGGCGCUAACUCCAACGCGAACAGUAUGAGUGUCUUCAUAGGGAAUAGUGUCGAAGGCUCAGACGGUCAAAGUGAAAGUUCAACUCCUCAUCGACUUAUGGAUACCACAACGUACCAGCCAACGCCAAACAUGCUUUCAUCACCCCUUAAUUAUUCUUCCGGCCAACCAAACCCUUCCACCAUGGCAUCUACCGCUGGGUCUUUGAGCCAAUCAUCUUUGCUUGUUCCCACCACUAAACCCUCCCGAGGUCAACCCAUUCGAUACGCAAACCCCGCCCCUUCACAUUCUUCCCAGUCCAUUAACCCCUCUUCUUCCUCCUUAACUUCAAGUACAUUCAAUCCCUCCCUCCCUUCGCUUCCCAUAAUUUCCACUUCCGCCCCGCUAGCUUUCUCAUCGUCUGGUCCGGCACAGAACUACCCGAUAGGCAGUAAACGCCCCAUUGUCGAAAACAUGGACGUUGAAAUCCCUUCCGAUGGUAGUAACGCGUUCGGUCCGUCUUUCAACUCAAACCCAGGUUUAGGAUUGGUCAGGGCGCAAUCUCAGAGGUCCGUGAAGAGACGGAGUAUGGGUCUGAGAGACGGCGGGAAGGAAGGCAAAGAUGAGGAGGAGAAAGGUGGUGGUGGAGGAGGUGGCAAAAAGGGCGGGAGAAGACAUGGACAUGGACAUGGAGGCGCAAGCGCGGGCGUUUGAAGUCCCGAGUACGUGGAAGGAUAGUGGGUUUGAGAGGUCACAUUGAGGAGGCGAGAAGAAAGGUUAUACAUCGAGGGAGCUGGUGAGAAGCUUAGAAGGUUAGAAGGUUAUAGGCCAAGUAGUACGGCGAUUGGCGAAGAAAAAGCAAAGUCAUCUGUCCAAGUAUAAUAUAACCCAUCUUCAAUACAAACUCGUACAGCAGACCAAUCUUAUGCAUUGUAACAGUUAGCGCA